AUGUCAGUAGCACCCGUAAACGAUAUUGAUCAAUAUAUUAAAGCAUUGCCAAUAGACGGCGAAGGUGAAGUUCAUCAUCAUCAUCAUCAUCAUCUUCACCAACAUAAAAAUGUUCAUUAUGGGAAACCAUAUUUUGCUAUAUUCUUGGCGGUAUUUUCUUCAUUGGGUGGAUGGUUUUUUGGCUAUGAUCAAGGUGUUACUGGUGGUAUAGUUGUCAUGAGUUCAUUUAAAAAUGACUUUUGUGUUGAUGUGUACGCCAAUGAAAGCGUCUGUAACCUUCCAGUCGGUGCUUUGCCGACCGAAUACAGACGAUUUUUAGUACUCUUUACGUUAAUGUAUAAUGUUGGUUGUUUUGUUGGUGCUGUAUUUAUUUCUUCAUUGGUGGCUGAAAAUUUUGGACGUCGGGCCAUUAUUUUUACGGCAUCAAUUCUAUUUUUAAUUGGUACAUCAAUGGUUAUUUUUCCACCAGGAGGCUCGAAAAAUAUUAUGAUUUUAAUACUUAUUGGACGAGUUGUCGAAGGGAUAGGCGUUGGUUGUUCAUCAUUUUCCUGUCCAUUGUACGCUUCGGAAAUAGCUCCAACAAAUUUGCGUGGAAUGCUUUCUGGCUUCAUGCAAAUGACUGUAGUAAUCGGUUUAUUUUUUGCAAAUGUCGUUAACUUUUUCUUGCAAAAUCAUAAAUGGGGUUGGCGAUUGUCAAAUGGAAUUAUUUUGGUCGCUCCAAUAACAAUAAUGAUAGGUAUAUUUUUCUUGCCUGAAACUCCCCGAUGGUUGUUCAAAAAAAAAAGUCGAGAUUUGGCCGAAAAAAGUUUAAAACGCAUUCGUAGAAUAGAAGAUGUAACUGCUGAACUAGACGCCAUUGCCGAUGCUCUACAAGAAGAAGGCAAUCAAGGAUCCAUCAAAGAAUUAUUUUCAACAAAGAAAAUGCUUGAAAGACUUGGUGUUGGUGUAGGUAUACAUAUUUUACAACAAGCAACCGGUAUUAAUCCAAUAUUUAAUUUUGGUGGUAUUAUUUAUGAAAGUGUUCUUGGAAAGGGUCUCGUAUCAUUGUUGAUUUUGUCUGGCGCAAACUUAUUGAGUACAAUACCAGCUUUGUUCUUGUUUGACAGACUAGGUCGUCGAAAUCUUCUGAUAUUUUGUGGCUUAGCUAUGGUAGUUGGUCAUAUUGUAGCGGCAACCAUAUUUGUCACAGGUUGUAAUGUAAGUGAAACUAUCAUAAAUGGUACAACGGCAACUCAAGAAACAGUGAACUGUAGCUCAACUUCCGGUAUAUUAAUGCUUGUUUUUACAGUUAUUUUUGUAGUCUUUUUUGCACUUUCUUGGGGACCAAUUGCUUGGAUUUAUGCAGCUGAGAUUUUUCCUCUUAACGUUAGGGCUAGGGCUGUUUCAAUAACAACAGGAAGCAACUGGUUUAUGGGUACAAUCAUGUCUUAUAUAUUGGAGUUAAUAUCACCAUUAGGGAUUCAUGGAGUAUUUUAUCUAUUUAGUGGCUUAAGUUUAUUGGGUGUAGGAUUUGUAUAUCUCUUCUGUCCAGAAACAAGAGGAGUUUUAUUGGAAGAUAUUGAAGAAGAGUUUGACAAUUUCCAGUUGAAAAAUAGAACAAUAGUAAAAAUAUUGCGUAAACCAUGUCAACGGCACAGAAAACAAACCGCGAAAGUAAAUGUUAUUGAAAUGCAAUAA